AAAAAACAAUUUUAAUAAAGCAAAUAAUAUUUUGCGUGAUACAAAAUCAUUAAAUUCAAUUGCUGUAUCUAAAAGAGAAUCUAUUAAUUACUUAGUUGGACCAGGCGUGAUUGAGUGGGAAUUAGGAGGAUGU